AGAUAAUAAAACGUUCCUUUUGCAAUAGUAUAUAUUUUGCCUUGCAAUCAGUUAAUUUAUCGUCGUGAGUUUACAGUUUCUAAAUAUCACUCGAGACUAAAUUGUGCUAUCUCAAUGGACAAACAUCAUAUAUAACUAUCAAAAUCGUGUCGGAUACGUCGAAGCAAAAUGAGUCGAUUAGUUUUAAUAUUCUUAUUGGUCAAUUAUGUCUGCAGUGCGAACAUCUUUUUCUACAAUCCGUUGUGUUCUAAAAGUCAUUUCAUUUGGAAUUACGCUCUGGCUAGUGGAUUAAUUGCCAAAGGACACAAUGUAACAUUUUUCGAUGCAUUUGCGAAACAGAAACCAGAGACAGAUUUGUAUCAUCCUCUAGAUUAUAAAUAUUUCACCUUUGAAGGAAACCCGGACGAAUUUCCAGAGGGAAAUAUUGCUGAACAAGUAUUAUUAUAUAUGUCUAUAAUGGGAGAAAUGUGUGAUUUUGUUUAUAAAUCUGAACACCUCGACUCAAUUCUGCGAGACAAAGACAGAUACAAUUUCGACCUCAUCAUUACCGACAUCACAAUUUUUCCAUGUGGAGUAGCACCGCUUCACGCCUUUCCUGACAUACCAGUUGUAGGAGCGACUCCAUUUUUGUUGCCACCCGAAUUUUCGCACAUUUUCGGCAACAAUUUACAACCUGCAUACAUUCCCCAAUACUUUUCCGGGUUGGUAGACGACAUGAGUUUUAUGGAAAGGGUGAACAAUUUUGUGGCGACCUACGUGGCUGAAUUGGGAUUUUAUUAUUACUGGAAUGAAUUUGAGAAUGCUGCUGUAAAGAAAUAUGGAUCGAAACACGCACCAUAUAUGAAAUAUGUUGAUAGAAUAUCUUUGUUAUUGAGCAACACAAAUCCCUUGUUAGAUUAUCCCCAGCCCUUACCCCCGAAUAUUAUCCCAGUUGGAGGACUCCAAGCCAAACCAGCAAAUAAACUUCCCGAGGAUUUGCAAAAAUUUAUGGACGAUUCAAAAGAGGGUGUAAUAGUGUUUUCAUUGGGCACAAAUAUGAGAUCAGAUAAGCUUUCGCCUGAAAAGAGAGAAGCUCUUUUGGAGGCCUUCAAACAACUGAAACAAACUGUUUUAUGGAAGUUUGAAAGUGACAUUCAAAACUUACCCAAAAAUGUCAUCGUACGUAAAUGGUUACCUCAAAACGACGUAAUUGCACAUCCAAAUGUUGUUUUGUUCAUUGGUCAUGGGGGAGCUCUAAGCACACAAGAGGCUUUGUACCACGGAGUACCAAUAGUUGGAGUACCAUUUUUCUUCGAUCAAAUAAUCAAUGUCAAAGCUUUACAACAAAGACAACGCGGAGCACUUCUAGAUUACGAGACAAUGACUAGCAAACAAAUUGUGGAUACCAUUCGUGAAGUGAUUGAUAAUCCAAUAUACAAGAAAAACGUUAAAGAAGUUUCAGAAAGAUUCAAAAGUCUACCAUUAAAGCCUUUAGAUGCGGCAGUGCAUUGGGUGGAAUACGCUUUAAAACAUAAUGGAACAUCUUUUUUAAAUCUUAAAUCGCGUCACAUGAACUUUUUACAAUACACUUGUUUGGAUGUAGUUUUGUUUUUGGUUGGCGUUGUUUUUGCAAUUUGCAGUAUUUUUAUAUUUAGUGUUAGAAAAGUCUUAUAUUUAUUAUAUAAAAAAUCACAGAAGAAUAAAAUUGACCCUUGCCUCGAAACAUUGCAUCAGUUGUAG